AUGUCUGUAGCAGCCAAAACAUUCUUCGGAGCCGCCGUAGCCGCUUCAGCCGGUACAGUCUGGGGCGUCCACUACCUGCAAAAAUGGGAGUACGAUAACAUGGGCCAAGGUAUCAUCAAAGACGAGGCUCGUCUUGCCGCCAAAGCUGCCUUGAAACUUCAAGCUUCAUCUUCGCCCGUGACACAACCAGCCCCCACGAUCGACCCCGAGUGCACCACCUGCGUCGUCUCCCCACCGCCUCAGCUGCUCGAGGCGCAAUCGGCCGAGUCCAGGGCCAAGGAGAGAGAAGGCAGAAGGAGAGAGUAUGAAGAUCAAAAGUUGUUGGCGGAUAGGUUGACUGGCCAGGUAGAGGCGGAGAAGAGGGUGUAG